CCGCUUUGGGCAACUCUGCCGCCCCUCCUUGCACUCCCAUUUGCACUUGGGGAAAACCGCGUGUAUGCGCGGGUCCGCCUCGCGGGAAGCGGGUACGGGGCGAGCCCAGGACGAGCCAGGAGUUGCGUAGAGUAAGGGAGGUGUGAGUGGGUCCAGCAGAAGGAGACAUGGCUGCCAAAGUGUUUGAAUCCAUUGGCAAAUUUGGCCUGGCCUUAGCCGUGGCGGGAGGCGUGGUGAACUCGGCCUUGUAUAAUGUGGAUGCUGGGCACAGAGCUGUCAUCUUCGACCGGUUCCGUGGAGUGCAGGACAUCGUGGUGGGGGAAGGGACUCACUUCCUCAUCCCUUGGGUACAGAAACCGAUUAUCUUUGAUUGCCGCUCUCGACCCCGUAACGUGCCCGUCAUCACUGGUAGCAAAGACUUGCAGAACGUCAACAUCACCCUGCGCAUCCUCUUCCGCCCGGUCGCCAGCCAGCUCCCCCGCAUCUUCACCAGCAUCGGCGAGGACUACGACGAGCGGGUGCUGCCCUCCAUCACCACGGAGAUCCUCAAGUCGGUGGUGGCUCGCUUUGACGCUGGAGAACUCAUCACCCAGAGAGAGCUGGUCUCCAGGCAGGUGAGCGACGACCUGACGGAGCGAGCCGCGACCUUCGGGCUCAUCCUGGAUGACGUGUCCUUGACACAUCUGACCUUCGGGAAGGAGUUCACAGAAGCAGUAGAAGCCAAGCAGGUGGCCCAGCAGGAAGCGGAAAGGGCCAGAUUUGUGGUGGAAAAGGCCGAGCAGCAGAAGAAGGCAGCCAUCAUCUCUGCUGAGGGCGACUCCAAAGCCGCCGAGCUGAUCGCAAACUCGCUGGCUACUGCGGGCGACGGCCUGAUCGAGCUGCGCAAGCUGGAAGCCGCGGAGGACAUCGCCUACCAGCUCUCCCGCUCUCGGAACAUCACCUACCUGCCGGCCGGGCAGUCGGUGCUCCUGCAGCUCCCCCAGUGAGGCCUGCCCUGCCCUGCCCGCACCGGCUCGGGCCCCGUGGGCCACAGCCCUGAGGACUCUGAGCUCACGUUCCUUCUGCCCCAGAAUCACUGUGAAAUUUCCUGAUUGGCUUAACGUGAAGGAAAUAAAA